CAUGGAGUCUAUGCUUCAACUUCUAAAGUCAAUGGUAGCCUUUUUCUACACGCCAAUCAAUGGCAAUAUAUGUAGACAAGUAGAGAGAACCUGUUUAGGAGGACACUGGAGUUUUAAUAUGGGGACGGCUCCUGUAUUCACUUUGAUCUGCUUUGUAGUACAAGUUUUUUCACACUUGGAAUUGUCAGAGGAAGCAGAUGUUUUAGGUGUAGAAGGAUCUAUUAGUGAUGGUGAGACACUGAUUUCAUCAUUAGAAACCUUUGAACUAGGCUUCUUCUCACCAGGAAAAUCAAGAAACAGGUACUUGGGAAUAUGGUACAAGAACAGCCCUGGAACUGUUGUUUGGGUUGCAAACAGGAACAACCCCAUUGCUGAACGGAAAGGGGUUUUAACUUUACGUGACACUGGAAAUCUUUUCCUUUUCAACCAGACAAAUAGUGUUAUCUGGUCAUCCAAUGUGUCUGGGACAGCACAAAAUCCUGUGGCACGGCUGUUGGAUACUGGAAACCUUGUUCUCAAGGACAACAAAAGCAUGCCAGAAAGCUAUUUGUGGCAAAGCUUUGAUCACCCAUCAGACACACUCUUGCCAGGCAUGAAAAUUGGAUGGAACUUAAAGACAGGUGAGGAAAGAUAUUUAACAUCAUGGAAAAGCGCCGACGAUCCAUCUCCCGGAAACUUCACUUACAGGCUUGACAAAAAUGGGUUGCCUCAGUUAUUCAUUGAUAGAGGAUCGGUGAAAAUAUACCGUACAGGACCAUGGAAUGGAAUUGGGUUUGGAGCUGUUCCUGCAGUUCAAAAUUUAGUCUUCAAACCAAUUGUCAUCUCUAAUGAGAAUGAGGUAUAUCAUACUUAUGAAGCUGCCAGUGAGGCGAUUACCAUGCGAUUAUGGUUGAACCGGUCUGGUUAUGUACAGCGUCUUAUAUUGAACCAGCGAAGCAAAUGGGAUGUUUUAUACUCAGCUCCAUUUGAUAAAUGUGGGAGCUAUGGAUCCUGUGGUGUUAACAGUAUAUGCAGCAGUAGGAGAGCAGAUGCUUGUGAGUGUAUAAAAGGGUUCAUAUCAAAAUCACAAGAGUCUAAGAACUGUGUAAGAGAAUCAUCACUGGACUGUCAGAAGGGAGAAGGCUUUACAAGGCUUGUUGGGGUUAAAGUGCCGGAUUUGUUGAAAUUUCAGUUGAAUGAGAGCUUGAACCCUACCAGAUGUGAGGCUGAAUGCUUGAAGGACUGCUCUUGUACAGCUUAUGCUAAUAUGAAUGUAAGUGAGGGCCGCACCAGCUGUUUGAUGUGGUUUGGUGACCUCUUUGAUAUUACUGAAGUUUCAGACAUGUACCGAGGAGAAGAUGUCUUUGUAAGACUCUCAGCUUCAGGUCUAGGAUUAACAAAUGAGUCAAAGAAAAAGAACAGAGUGGCUAUCAUCCUCGUGUCAAUCAUUUCAAGUGCAAUUGUUUUGGGCCUAAUAUCCUUCAUAAUUUGGAAGAAAUCAAAGAAAAGAGAUGUAGUGCUUCAUUCAACAAGAAUGGAAGGUGAGGAAGAUGAAAGAGAAGUUCCCUUGUUCGACUUCUCUACCAUAGAAAUUGCCACCAAAUAUUUCUCUUUUGGCAAUGUAAUUGGAGAGGGUGGCUUUGGUCCUGUUUAUAAGGGCAAUCUCCCAACAGGACAGGAAAUAGCAGUAAAGAGGCUGUCAAAAGAUUCAUGCCAGGGUGUGGAGCAAUUCAGGAAUGAAGUAGUUUUGAUAGCCAAACUUCAGCAUAGGAAUCUUGUUGGACUGCUUGGUUGUUGCAUUCAAGGAGAUGAAAGGAUGUUAAUCUAUGAGUUUAUGCCCAACAAAAGCUUGGAUUACUUCAUCUUUGAUCAUAAAAGUAGAGCACUUUUAUCAUGGAAAAACAGGGUUGAUAUUGUUCUAGGAAUAGCAAGAGGGCUACUCUAUCUCCACCAAGACUCUAAACUUCAAAUUAUUCAUAGGGAUCUCAAAGCAAGCAAUAUUUUACUAGACAGCAACUUGAUCCCAAAAAUUUCAGAUUUUGGGUUAGCAAGAAUUUUUGGUGGUAAUGAUGAGGAAACAAAAACAACUAGAGUUGUUGGAACAUUUGGUUACAUGGCUCCUGAGUAUGCGAAUGAUGGAACAUUUUCAGCCAAAUCCGAUGUUUUCAGCUUCGGUGUGCUUUUGCUAGAGAUAGUAAGUGGUAAAAAGAAUAGAGGGUACAAUCAUCCCGAUCAUCAACACAAUCUUCUAGGCCACGCCUGGUUGCUUUGGAAUGAAGACAGUGGUUUGGAAGUGAUGGACAGAGUCCUAGAAGAAACGUGUGUUAGGUCUGAAGUGCUUCGGUUUAUCCAUGUUGGUUUAUUGUGUGUUCAAGAAUGCCCAGAAGACAGGCCACCAAUGUCAUCUGUUCUUCUCAAACUCACAAAUGAAGAAGCAACUUUGCCUCAACCUAAACGACCUGGUUUCUUCAUACAAAGGGAACCCUUCAACAAUUUUAGUGCUAUCAAAAUGGCAACAGCAUUUACCGGAAAUGAACUUACCAUAUCCAUGUUUCAAGGUAGAUAGAACUUUCCUGCUAUGGUGGAUUUAUGUUUGAACAUUUUCAAAAGUAAAAUAAUGUAAUUUGCAUGUUCUAGGUGAAAGAGUUGUCUUAAUUACGUAUAUGAUCAGUUCUAAACACACAUACAAUCGUGUAAUGAAUUGACCGGUUCAAAUUCAUACAUUGAAAUGAGUUUGUCAA